AUGCCCAAUCUUAUCAGCCUCAAGCUGUUCACCAGCUUGGUAUUCUCCCUCGCACUUAACCUGGCCAUCCAACCAUCGACCGCCGAAGGCCUAGGAUGGAAGUCUGACAACAACUUGUUCCAGUCCGACUCAAUCUCAAAGAUCUCGAACCAGUUCAUGAAGAACCUCAACAAUGACAACCCAAGCACUCAGACCGUCCUGACCUUCGACGACUGCGGUCAAACCUCUGAUGCCGUGACGAUUGAAAGCUUUGAGGUAGACCCGAACCCUCCCGAACCAGGCCAAAAACUGACGAUUCGCGCAUCCGGUACCGUCCACGAAUUAAUCGAUCAAGGUGCAUACGUCAAUGUCGUAGUCAAACUUGGAGCGUAUAUCAAGCUCAUCCAGAAGCGAUUUGAUAUCUGUGAAGAACUAACAAAAGCGAAUGCGACACUCCAAUGCCCCAUCGAGCCAGGCUACUACGAAAUCGUCCAGGAAGUCAAACUUCCCAAGGAGAUCCCUCAUGCCAAGUACAAGGUUGAAGCCCGUGCAUUCACUCAAGAUGAGGACGAUAUGGUCUGCGCAGAUAUCGUACUCGAUUUCUUGAAGUCGUGA